CUAUGCGAUGAAGUUCGAGGAAUCAACUCAUUGUUAUCUUUUUAACCGAAGGUCAUUUAUGCAGUAUCAAAAUAACGCCAUAGAACGUUCAACCAGUGCGUCAUAAUUAAAGGUUAUGCCAGUGAUAGAAGUACUAUACCAAUUAAUUUAUUAUAACUGAGGACCAAAUUGGAAUACCAGAAGGGAAAUGCGUCAAAACCAUCUAUAUUAAAUAGGAAGCAGAAGUUAUUAUCAAGCUUCCUGAAAUUAUCAGAUAAUUUUAUCUGAAACACUAGCAUUUGACUCGAUAUCUACCUAUCGUUUAGAACAAGUAGACAGUGGUGAUAUUAUGUCAUCAUACGGUUGGGGUGGCAGAGCACCCUUUCCUCAAAAUACUCCCAACAUAUAUCCUCACCCAUCAAGUGGAUACCCUUCAGUACCCUCAGCACCACCUACAUACCAUUGGGUUAAUUCCUAUAAAGGCCAACAAAUUCCUUCGAAUGCGGUCAGCUGUGGUGUUGACAAGGAUGGCAGUGAGAUAUUCGUGGGCCAGGCAAAUUAUUUAGGUGAUGAGUUGCCAGCGAAAAUAAUUCCUAGAAGAAGAGAGGCUUACGUGUGUUAUGAUGGAAGAGAAAUACCGAUUACCGAUUACAAGGUUCUCGUAGAAAAGAAGUUGCACUGGAUUCAUAAUACAGGAGGUCACAUCCCUCCUGGCGCGAUUCCUGGAGGUAGAACAUCAAGAGGGGAACAACUUUACAUCGGGAGGAAAAGAAUAGAAGGAUCGGCCUGGUCAGUUGGAAAGGUUCAUCCUUCCCAUGGCUGCCUUUACGUCCCCUUUGCUGGAAAAGAAAUGUCCUACAAAGAUUAUGAAAUACUUGUCUUUCCAUGAUUAAGGUCAUUCGAUGUACUACUACUUAUUCCUUUUUUUAUGUUUCUAAGACUGUGUGUAGUAAAUUACACAUAAAAAUAUUUUUAUA